UCUACAUUUGAUCUACCCUCCCGUUUAGUUAUAUAAGAAAAUCUAGAGAGCCAAAGAGAGAGACAUCCUCCAAAGAGACUACAUACAUUGUCCUUGGCAAGACAACCUUGAAAAUCUUUUAUUAGGGCAGGAUUCAAACCGGCAAGCCUUCGGGUACUGGCCCGACUUUCUAAGCUUGAGGCUACCCAUGCCAACCCAUACAGGAUUGCUGACAUACAGGGACGCUACAUUAGGUUGGACUGUCUCAGGCAGCAAUGGGAAGAUGACCACAAGAGGGCACUGAAGUAUGGGAAGCUGUGUGGUAGCAGCAAAGGAUCACAACGAAGGAUACAGAGACAGGAGGAGCAGGAAGCCGCUUUAGACCCCUGAUAUGAAGGCACAGUUCAAGGCAGAAAACAAACGAGAAGGACAUAAGACAUCUGGACAAUGUGGAGCUAGUGUAGUGUAUCUCAUAAAUGAGGAUGUCGAUUGUCAGCAUCGUUGCGAGGGAGAUCCUAGACUCCCGGGGAAACCCCACUGUGGAGGUGGACCUGUGCACAGAGAAAGGUCUUUUCAGGGCUGCAGUGCCCAGUGGAGCGUCCACAGGCAUCUAUGAGGCUCUAGAGCUGAGGGAUGGAGACAAGAGCCGCUACAGGGGCAAAGGUGUGCUCAAGGCAGUGGGCCACAUCAAUGACACUCUGGCUCCUGCUCUCAUAGCAUCGGGUAUCAGUGUUGUGGAGCAGGAGCAACUGGACAACACGAUGAUUGAAAUGGACGGCACAGAGAACAAGUCUCAGUUUGGUGCUAAUGCUAUCCUGGGAGUCUCCCUGGCCAUCUGCAAGGCUGGUGCAGCAGAAAAAGAGGUCCCCCUGUACCGUCACAUCGCUGACCUGGCAGGAAACACAGAGCUGGUGCUGCCAGUUCCAGCGUUCAACGUGAUCAACGGAGGCUCCCACGCGGGCAACAAGCUAGCCAUGCAGGAGUUCAUGGUACUUCCUGUCGGGGCGGAGUCUUUCAGGGACGCGCUUCGGGUGGGCUCCGAGCUGUACCACACGCUCAGGGGGGUGAUCCAGGAGAAGUACGGCCAGGACGCUACCAACGUGGGCGACGAGGGGGGGUUUGCCCCCAAUAUCCUGGAGAACAGUGAGGCGUUGGAGCUGAUAAAGACAGCCAUCGAGAAAGCGGGCUUCACGGAUAAGGUGGUGAUCGGGAUGGAUGUGGCGGCGUCCGAGUUCUACCGCAAGGGGAAGUACGACCUGGACUUCAAGUCUCCUCCGGACGCUGACAGGCACAUCAGCGGAGAGGAGCUGUCAGACAUCUACCAAGGCUUCGUUAACGACUACCCAGUGGUGUCCAUCGAGGACCCGUUUGAUCAGGAUGACUGGGCCGCCUGGUCCCGCCUCACGGCUUCCGUGGGCAUCCAGGUUGUCGGGGACGACCUGACGGUGACCAAUCCCAAGAGGAUAGAGAAGGCUGCCGAGAAGCGGGCCUGCAACUGCCUACUGCUCAAAGUCAACCAGAUCGGCUCUGUCACUGAAGCCAUCCAGGCGUGUAAGCUAGCCCAGGCCAAUGGCUGGGGGGUGAUGGUCAGUCACCGUUCAGGAGAGACAGAGGACACUUUCAUCGCUGACCUGGUGGUGGGGCUCUGCACUGGACAGAUUAAGACAGGAGCCCCAUGUAGAUCUGAAAGGCUGGCCAAGUACAACCAGCUCAUGAGGAUCGAGGAGGAGUUGGGGGAUCAAGCUCGCUUUGCAGGCUAUAACUUCAGAAACCCCACUGCCCUGUGAGACCAGACAGACCGACACAUCGCCGCCAACCAGAUGCACAGUUACUUGGAGACACAAAGACAGAUGGACAGAUCAAGAUAUAAAGAGACCGACCGACACACACAAACGUGCACAUAGAGACACACAAGUGUAGAUAUGAAGCCUGAAGGGCGUCAAAGAGAAAAUGAAACACACAGCGCUGUAUACAAAAAAAAGCAACACUCCGACUGAUGGCUGACAAGGACACACUAACUACAGGCUGACUGAGAAUAAAAAGAACAUGCGUUGUAUUUUGCAGUUGUUUGCUCUCAUUCACCCAUGACGACCCAAAACGGCGCUCUCCCUCCUUCGUCCUCUUCUCCACUUUCCUUUCCUGGCUCUGCAGUCAUCCCUCGUUUUUGUUGUUGUUUCUUGGUUACUUCAAAAGGCUCUCCUGGUGUUGCUAUGUUUGCAGGAAUUGGCCUGUUCCUCCAUGCUUGUCCCCGUUUCUGCUUUCCUUUGGUUACCCUGGCAACAGAAUUGCUGUGUUGAAAGACAGAAAGCCUGUCAUGAAAGGACAUGUGUGAAAUAAAAUGGUAAUUUACAGUUUCAA